AUGCGCCUGUAUCCGCGGCUUGGGGGCGCCGCGGCGCUCCGGCUGCUGCUGGCUGCCCACGUGGUGGCGGCAUUCGAGCCUAUCACUGUGGGCAUCGCCAUCGGGGCCGCGUCGGCGCUCACCGGCUACCUGUCUUACAAGGACCUGUACUGCCGCUUCGCCGAGUGCUGCCGCAGCGAGCGGCCGCUCAAUGCGUCGGCCCUCAAGCAGGACUUGGAGGAGAAGCUGUUUGGGCAGCAUCUGGCCACAGAGGUGAUUCUCAAGGCGCUGACCGGCUUCAAGAACAACAAAAAUCCCAAGAAACCACUGACUCUCUCGUUACACGGCUGGGCUGGCACAGGCAAGAAUUUUGUCAGCCAAAUUGUGGCUGAAAAUCUUCACCCCAAAGGCCUGAAGAGCAACUUUGUCCACCUGUUUGUGUCGACCCUGCACUUCCCUCAUGAGCAGCACAUAAAACUGUACCAGGACCAGUUACAGAGGUGGAUCCGGGGUAACGUGAGUGCAUGUGCGGGCUCCGUGUUCAUAUUUGACGAGAUGGAUAAGUUGCACCCGGGAGUCAUUGACGCAAUCAAGCCGUUCCUAGAUUACUACGAGCAGAUUGAUGGCGUGUCUUACCGGAAGGCCAUCUUCAUCUUUCUCAGCAACGCAGGUGGGGACCUCAUAACUAAGACGGCCCUUGACUUCUGGCGGGCUGGGAGAAAGAGAGAGGACAUCCAGCUGAAGGACCUGGAGGCCGUGCUGUCUGUCGGAGUCUUCAAUAACAAACACAGUGGCCUGUGGCACAGCGGCCUGAUAGACCGGAACCUCAUCGACUACUUCAUCCCCUUCCUGCCCCUGGAGUACAGACACGUGAAGAUGUGCGUGCGGGCGGAGAUGAAGGCCCGCGGUUCCGCCAUCGACGAAGACAUCGUCACUCAAGUGGCAGAGGAGAUGACCUUCUUCCCGAAGGACGAGAAGAUCUACUCAGACAAGGGCUGCAAGACUGUGCAGUCACGGCUGGAUUUCUACUGA